GCGGGGCUGUGAGAGGAGCAGCGGGGCGGCGGUCGUGACAACCUCUUGUCGUAGGGAGUCACCGGUGUAGAAACGGUGUAUAUAUUUCUCCUUUUAGAACUCCUAGCGUGACAUCAUGGAUGAGGAAUACGACUGUAUCGUGCUUGGUACCGGCCUGAAGGAAUGUAUCAUUUCUGGCAUGUUGUCGGUAUCGGGAAAGAAAGUGUUGCAUAUGGACCGUAACAAGUAUUACGGUGGAGAGAGUGCCUCCAUUACGCCCCUGGAGGACCUCUUCACAAAGUUCAAUCUUCCACCACCAGAAGAGACAUACGGUCGUACAAGGGACUGGAAUGUUGACCUCAUUCCCAAAUUUCUGAUGGCUAAUGGUCAGUUAGUAAAACUUCUCAUCCAUACUGGUGUCACUCGUUACCUGGAAUUCAAGUCGAUUGAGGGUAGUUAUGUGUACAAGGGCAACAAAAUUUCCAAAGUUCCUGCUGAUGAAAAGGAAGCCUUAACGUCAGAUCUGAUGGGUAUGUUUGAGAAGCGUAGGUUCAAGAACUUCCUAGUUUUCACCCAGGAUUACCGUGAUGACGAUCCUACAACAUGGAAAGCCAUGCCAGGUUUUGAUCCUAAGAACACAAAUAUGAGUGCAGUGUUUGCUCAUUUCAACCUUGACAAGAAUACCAUUGAUUUUACUGGACAUGCUCUGGCACUCUACAGAGAUGAUGAUUACUUAAAUAAGCCAGCAAGUGACACCCUCAAGAGAAUCAAGUUGUACAGCGACUCCCUUGCCCGCUACGGCAAAUCUCCCUACCUUUAUCCUCUUUACGGUCUUGGUGAACUUCCUCAAGGUUUUGCUAGGUUGUCUGCAAUCUAUGGAGGUACCUAUAUGCUGGACAAGCCUAUUGACGAGAUUGUUAUGGAGGGUGGUAAGGUGAUUGGUGUACGAUCAGGGAAUGAGACCGCCAAAUGCAAGCAAGUGUACUGUGACCCAACCUAUGUGCCUGACAGAGUGGAGAAGGUUGGGCAAGUGGUACGUGCAAUCUGCUUGAUGGAUCACCCAAUUAGUAACACAAAGGAUGCUCUCUCGACACAAAUCAUCAUCCCACAGAAACAAGUUAAUAGGACUUCUGAUAUCUAUGUAUCUCUGGUGUCGUACACACAUCAGGUGGCAGCCAAGGGCUGGUUUGUGGCCAUGGUGAGCACUACCGUGGAAACUGAUAACCCUGAAGCAGAAAUCUUGCCCGGCCUCAACCUUUUGGGACCCAUUAAGCAAAAGUUCGUCAUUGUUUCUCCCAUCUAUAAGCCUCUUGAGGAUGGUCAGGAAAACCAGAUAUUUAUUUCUGAAUCAUAUGAUGCUACGUCCCAUUUUGAGACAACGUGCUUGGAUGUGCUCUCUAUCUACCGCCGAGGAACUGGGGAAGACUUUGACUUCAGCAAGGUGAAGCACAAUCUGGGUGAUGAAGAUAUGUAAACACAGCAGCUGGCUGGUGCUUAUGGGUUGUGCAGCUGUGGUAUUGGACCAGUCACCACCAUAACCCUUCAUAUGUGCUGCCUUCCAGACAUAACUUGCUGGCAUUAGGAGCUCCAGAUUGUGAUCCUAGAGCUAGCCCUCAAAUACUUCAUGAAGAAGUCAUGUUGGUUCACCAUCAUAUUUUUUUUCAUGAGUUUAUACCAAAGUAAUGAAUUAUUUGAUGAAUAGUUUUUUAUUGCAAAUAAAAGAAAAUUUGUAAUUAAUAUUGUGAAUAUACACUAUACAGUGUAGAGAAGGCUAAUUAGUGAUUCUUAAUGAUUUAAAGCUGCUUUGAUAUUGUUAGCUCACUGCUUGUUUCCCGUCUCCCUGGAAGUGUUUUAAGAACAGCUGCCACGACUGUUUUCAUAUUGGCAUUGUGCAUGCAGUGUAGAUGGCAGUGAGUGGUAUUUAAUUUUUUUAUUGGUUUGUAUUUGUUGUGCUGGUUGAAAAUUGAAAAUCAUGGCAGUCAGGAUUGUGAGGAAUAAAAAGUUAAAGAACUAUUUGUUUUAUAAAGAUUUAUAUGAUGAAAUAUUUAAAGUCAAAUUUAGUAUGUAUGUGACCUUCAACCCUGUGUUAUGACAUUCCUCAGUCUAAACCUUAUGUAUGCAUGUAUAAUCCAAUGUAGGCAUAUCAAGUCCUCUCUAGCAUAAAUGCAGAGGUUAAGAGAUCACAUUAUUUAAAAAAUAACUUAAUAUUCACGAGGACAUGGGAAUGAAGAAAUGUGGUACGUAUUAUUUAAGAAAAACAUCAUUGACUUUCAGAGUUGCAGCUCUAAUGUCACACAAUGCAUAUUGACGGACUCUGUUCUAACUACUUGCAUCGCUCAAUUUUCACGUGGGUUAGCAUGCUCGAGAAUUUACUGUAUCUGAUCAGUGGGUCUUAUCAUUUGGUAUUAAAUCUGGUUAGCAUGCCAUAGUGUUUUGUACUUUAUUGUUUAUGCUAAAACUGCUGGUCACUUUUUGCACUGCUUUCCAUCAUUGGGAUAUGCAAGUUGUCCAACUAUCUUGACAUCUGUAUGCUUUCAUAUGUAAGUCAUUCCAGGUUAAAGGAUAACACAA